CGGAUGGCUGGGCGAAGGGAGGAGAAACGCCAGGGCACCAGACAGUGGGGGAACCAUCAGGAUCAGAUGCCUCUUUCCAGACACCGGUGCUGCAGAGCUGGGCCACUUGGGCUUGGGGGUUUGCUCAGGAGCCAAGGGUAGCACAGAGGUUAACCAUGGACCCUAGAGCUAGGCAGUCUGGUCCUUACUGCGUGACCUUGGGUAAGUCACUUAACCUCUCUGAGCCUCAGUUUUCUUGAGUAUAAAAGAUAAAUGAGCAUAGAACCUAUCUUAUCGGGACAUGGCAUUAAAUCCAUAUACAGCCCUUGAAAUAGGGCCUGAAGCCUAGCAAGCCCUCGGUAGCUAGCAUAGUCAGUCACUUUAUUAAUCAUGAGCAUUUUUCGGUGUGAGAUCCGCGGAGUUAAGCAGAGUGGGUCUGAGCUUCCCACCACUGACUUGCUGUGCAGCUUAGGACAGAUUACUUACCCUGCCUGAGCCUCUAUCGUCCCUCUGUGCUAGAGAUGAGUAAUACCCGCCUUGUAGGAUUGUGCUGAGAAUUCAAUGAGAUAGAAAGAGAUUAUUGCUUCCUCGUGUGUUAGAAGCACUGUCAGAGGGGAACGAGACAGAGAGAGGAGACCAUCAACUCCAGGAUUCCACUCCUCAUAGGCGUUUUCUGCCUGAGAUGUUAGGGGAACAGAGGAAAUUCUUAGGAUCUUAGGAAGUCAAAUCUGUCAUGGUCAGUAGGAGUACAGAUUGUGGGGUCAGACAAAACCGAGUUCAAAUCCCAACUGUGUGGCUUUGGGCAACUGACUGAUCCUUCUGGAGCUUGCAAGUUGGAGGUGAGAAUUCAAUAGGCAUCUAAAACUCCAGGCACAUGCUAAGUGCUCGGCAAAUGAGAGAGGGCUCAUAUUUAUAUGUUAUUCAUGACCCAGGGAAAGUAUAGGCCAGAGAGGGCAAGUAAUUUCUCUGAGGCUACACAGCAAAUGCAGGUCCUAGAAGUUACGGGAGUGAGCCUUGGGGAGGGUGUUCUGGGGACUCAUCCUCUGAGGGGUGUCUUGUUCCUGCUAGGCUCCCCAAAGCUUCCUGUAGAGCUGGAGCCUGAGCCGGAGAUAGAAGGGCUGCUGGCACCAGUGCUGGAGGCUGGCGAUGCAGAGGAAGGCACCGUGACGCGGCCCCUCAGCCCCACCAGGUUGCAGCCAGCGCUGCCGCCUGAGGCACAGUCGGUGCCCGAGCUGGAGGAGGUGGCACGGGUGCUAGCGGAGAUUCCUCGGCCCCUCAAACGCAGGGGCUCCAUGGAGCAGAGCCCUGCUGUGGCCCUGCCCCCCACCCACAAGAAGCAGUACCAGCAGAUCAUCAGCCGCCUCUUCCAUCGCCAUGGUGGGCCAGGGCCUGGGGGGCCCGAGCCGGAGCUGUCUACCAUCACCGAGGGGUCUGAGGCCAGAGCAGGGCCCCCUGCUCCCGCCCCACCUGCUCCCAUACCACCCCCAGCCCCACUCCAGAGCAGCCCGCCGGAACAGCCACAGAGCAUGGAGAUGCGCUCGGUGCUGCGGAAGGUGGGCUCCCCGCGCAAGGCCCGCCGCGCGCGCCUCAAUCCUCUCGUGCUGCUCCUCGACGCGGCGCUGACGGGGGAACUGGAGGUGGUGCAGCAGGCGGUGAAGGAGAUGAACGAUCCCAGCCAGCCCAACGAGGAGGGCAUCACCGCUCUGCACAACGCCAUCUGCGGUGCCAACUACCCCAUCGUGGACUUCCUCAUUGCCGCGGGCGCCAACGUCAACUCCCCCGACAGCCAUGGCUGGACACCGCUGCACUGCGCUGCGUCCUGCAACGACACGGCCAUCUGCACCGCGCUGGUGCAGCACGGCGCCGCAAUCUUCGCCACCACGCUCAGUGACGGCGCCACCGCCAUCGAGAAGUGCGACCCUUACCGAGAGGGUUAUGCGGACUGCGCCACCUACCUGGCAGACGUGGAGCAAAGCAUGGGGCUGAUGCACGGCGGGGCGGUGUACGCUCUCUGGGACUACAGCGCCGAGUUCGGAGACGAGCUGUCCUUCCGCGAGGGCGAGUCGGUCACCGUGCUGCGGCGGGACGGGCCGGAGGAGACCGACUGGUGGUGGGCCACGCUGCACGGCCAGGAGGGCUACGUGCCGCGGAACUACUUCGGGCUCUACCCCAGGGUGAAGCCGCAGAGGAAUAAAGUCUAGAAGGACACAAGGAUGUUUCCGAGGGAGGCGGGAACCAAACAGCUUUGCCUGCUCCGACCUGCCCCUCCAUUCACUGCUGCAUUUUCCUGCACCCCUAGCUCUGCAGGGGUGAGGUUCUCAACACCGGUUCUCUGCUCUCCUGGAAGCCCAGGGGAUAAAGGGAACUCCAGCCUUAAGUUUAGGAACCUGCCUUAUCUAUGGGAGGUCCUGUGGGGCUGGGAUCCUUGGAGGUAGGAGACCUCUCCACCCCGCCCCACUUGCCAAAUCGAAUCCCGUCCAAAGUGCCUCGUCCUACUGCCGGUCCUCCUCCCCCAGCAAGCCAGCCCACCAGCCGGCUGAGCCUGGGAUGGGUGACUCCUUGGCGUCACCUCUGGCCCAGUGCUCCCAGAUGCCUCGGAGUUCCGGGGAAGCUGCAUUCGUCCCCGUCAGGCUCCCGGCACCAACUUGCUCCAAUCAAGUGCCUUCACACAGCGCUGGUUUUACUUUUUAAUGGAACAGGAGACUUUUUCUUUAUAAAUAAAGGUAGUUUGCACAGAAAUUGA